UCUCCAUUCAAUUCAAGAUGGCGCCAACGAAGACAGCCCACAAGAAAGUCCUUGUCACUGGUGCGAAUGGCUACAUUGGCAAUGCCGUAGCUCGCGCCUUCUCCCGAGCCGGAUGGACUACAUAUGGACUUGUUCGAAAAGAGUCUUCCCUUCCAGAUCUCGCUUCAGAUGAAAUCAUUCCUUUGUUCGGUUCCCCAUCCGAUACUUCCUUCGUCUCUAAUCUCCAGGAGAAAGGCAUCGUGUUCGAUGUCAUUGUCUCAACUACCGAACAGAUCAUGAACUACUUCCCUCACUACAACGAAAUCGUCUCUCUUCUCCGGAUUCUUGCUAAACAAAGUAAAGACAAAGGAAUUCGACCUCUCGUUAUUUUCACAAGCGGCUGCAAGGACUACGGCACGUCGACCUUCCUGUCGACAUCCAAGGACAAAGCUCCCCACACAGAAGAAUCACCACUUAAUCCUCCAACAUUGCUGAUGGAUCGUGCAAAUGGAGCAAUCACGAUCUUCGAGCACGAAGAUCUCUUUGAUGCUAUUGUCACCAGACCAACGAAUGUGUAUGGUUUGUCAUCCAGUUUCUAUGGGUUAAUCUUCAAGUUUGCAGAACAGGCGAAGAAAAAGGGUGUUUGGCAGAUUGAUGAACAUCCUGAUACGAUUUUGCAUGCGAUGCAUGUUGAUGAUUGUGGAGAGGCUUAUGUUGCGCUCGCGGAGGCUGAGAGGAGUGUUGUGAAAGGGCAGUGUUAUAACAUGUCUGCUAGCGAGUGGGAAACGCUUAGAGAUGUCGCAUCUGCUGUUGCAAAGGAGUAUGGGGUAGAAGAUGGUGUAAGAUUCGUUGAAGGACAGGAAGGAAGACUACCUGUUGAGCAGGAUUGGAAUAGGAUGCUGCUUGGGUGGACUCAGUGGAUUGGGAGUGAGAAGUUGAGGAAGGAUACUGGAUGGUACGACAAAAGGCAACUGUUUUCAGAGGGGAUUCAUGCGUAUAGGUUGGCAUACGAGGUUUCCAUUCAGAGAGGUGGCGGUGUCUUGCAGAAGAUCGAGAAUAGGAAGGCUGCAAUGGAGCAUAACUAGUAGAUCGUAAACGAUGUUGAGCUUCGAGAUCAAAGAGAAUUUUAUGAAUUGCCGUAAGAAUUCGGAACAUGAGAUAAUAUUGUUCUAGAAUUUGUAGGACAAAAUAAGUGGGUU